AUUUUUUUUAAAAAAAAACACAAAAUUCAUUAUUGAUGGACAGAGAAAAACAAACUGGAAAUAAAAGAUUAGAAGAAACAAAAUGAUUCUUGCCGUGUUGAUCACAAACCCUCAAGCCAACAUUUUGGUUGAAAGAUUCAAUGGGGUACCAUCAGAGGAACGGUUGCAUUGGCGUUCUUUCUUAACCAAGCUUGGCCAAGCUAAUCUUAAGGGUGCAAAACUUGAUGAGCAUUUCGUUGCACACCACAAAUCAGUGUAUAUCGUUUACACAUUGUUUGGAGAUGUGAGCAUAUAUGCUGUUGGCAAGGACGAAUACGAUGAACUCACACUGUCAGAAGUGAUCCGUGCCAUUACAACAUCUAUCAAAGAUGUAUGUGGAAAGCCUCCAUCCGAGGGCCGUUUUCUUGACAAGUAUGGAAGAAUAUGUUUAUGCCUUGAUGAGAUCUUCUGGAAGGGAGUGAUGGAAAAUAAUGAUAACGACAGAGUUAAGAGACUAGUCAGGCUGAAACCUCCCACUGAACUAUGAAGGCAGAAGAGAAGAAAGCAGUGUCGUAUUUUGCACUCGUAUUAGUUUCUAACAUCUGCUCAUACAGGAUGGAGAAGACAGAGGGAGUAUAUUUUAUCCGUUUUCUGCCUAUUUCAGUUUAGCUAUAACUAUGCCUCUGUCAUUACUGCCAGCAUUUUCUGGCAUUGGUUCUCUUUGACCGCCCUCUAGUAAGAUGCGACUUAUGCUGAAACAGUUUGUCUUAGGAGGCAAUCAUCAAACAGAAUUUUUUUGCAAAGCUGAUUUUACAGGUAGAAGAGCAUAUAUUAUGUAUUGA